AGUGAAGAGAAGAAGGACGCUGAAGCCAUGUCCCCCUCGCCCGCGGAAACCGCCCCUCUGACCGCCUCCUCCUCCCCGCCGCCCUCCCAGCCAACGACCCCACUGACCGAAACCACGGAUCCCUGGGAAGAACUCUCCACGGGCACCGCCGAAACUUCCCUGUCGGCCACCUUCUCGGUGCUGAAGGGCUACAAUCGCGUCCCAAUCUAUGAACGCAGGGCGCAAUGGCUGGCAGAGCAGCAGGCAAGGCGCGAGCAGGUAUUCCACCAUCGCCUGGCACUCCCGCGCGGGAAUGCCGGGGACUUUAACCCCAACGCGGACCUGCCGUUUCCGAUCACGGCGCAGUUCUUGCAGUCAUAUGGCGGGGGGGAACAGGCGAUGGGGAAGGGGAGGAGGGUGCAUUGGAGCGGUAGUCGAGAGGGUGGGGGUUCCGGGGGGACUGUAGUUGCCGCUGGGAUAGCUGUUGGCAUGAGCGAGGGCGAGGAAGAAGGGGAGAAUGAGGAGUAUGAGGAGGAGGCAUCAACGGUCGCAUCGCCGGUCAGUGAACGCUCUGAGAGCGGUGCUCAUGCUCCGGUGCAGCGGGGGGAGGAGGCGCCGGGGGUGUUUAGGAAGCCGGGGCUGGAUAGGAAGACAAGUGGCAUUCCCAGCUUUGACAGUCUCUUCGAGACAAAGUGGGAUUUCGGUAUGCUCGUUUUGGAUAUCGCUCGUGCUUCGAGUAAGACUAAAAGGUAGAGUUUUAGAUGAGCCCAAAACUUCCAUUCGGCAUUCCGAUGAUAUCCCCACGGCUUCCUCCUCCUCGCCCUCACGGGUCAGCGAGAGCUCCAUCUUUGGGAGCAUGCACGGAUCGAAAGCGACCUUUGGGAGCUACUUGAAGUACCUACGGAGUCAUCGCGGGGGUUAUUCUUUCGGAAUGCUCCUUUUCGGAUGUCUGAGCUUGGUCAUGCUGCAGAAUAGAUUCCCAAUGGCAGGAGUAAUGACGGGGGCACCCUUGGCGCAGGCGAGGUAUGCUUACGAAGGGCAUAACGCUUCGCAAUAUGCGACUGUAGACUUCCCGGAACUCCUGUCGAUCGAGACGGCGCUGGAGAAGAGCCUAUCAAGUGUUGCUGCAGCGCCCGCCCUCGCCGGAUUGCUAAAACAGAGCGAGAUAGCGGUCAGCGAUCUGAGCACCGUGGUCCGACACAGCGAGCUGGAUUGCAAGCACACCCUCUCAGACCUCCUCCUCAAAUUCGCGACUCAAGCGGGAGAUGCGGCAGGAUUACUCCAAACCUUCGAGAGCACCGUCAGUCGGGCACUCACCCAGUAAGCCCCAUACCACCCCCAUCCCCCCCCCCCCCUUCCUGCCAAAAAUUAACGAGUCUAGACUCGACUCCGCCAAUGACCAAACCCUCCGACACCUCAACCACCACCUUCCCCCGUCACCCCCAUUCUACAGAUCCCUCCUGAGAACCAACUCCCACCCGCCCUCACAAACGCAACACCUCUCAACGGCCCACAAAAUGCUGACGCACCACAUCAACAGCACAAUCUCAACCCUCACCCAAGAGACCGGCGCAAUCCUGCGCAGCCUGAGGACGCUCUCCCACCAACACGCGCCAAUCUACGCAUCCAUAGUCCGGGAAUUCACCAUGAUCGAGCGCGCCCAGACUACCCUGUGGACGCGUGCUCGUGGGGUGGACUAUAGCGAGAGCAAGGAGUUACUCGCGCUGGUGGGAACGUACGAAGAGAAGGCGCGCGGGUAUGUCGAGAGGAUCGGGAUGGAGUACGUCUCGUUGCGGGGGGAAUUAGCGAGUUUGCGAGAGGGAUUGAAGAUGUCGGGACGAGUGAGCGGUGGUGAACCCGCACCAUUGGAAGCGCAGGUCCACGCUGUGAGGGGGAUGGUGGGGUUGAAGGAAACAAGGGGUGCACGGAUGAGCGCGAGGAGCGGCUGCCUGGGCGGGAUCGGGAAGGGUGGCGACAGUGCUGGGGCGGUUAUGGGGUAUCGCGGGUUGUUCGCGCCGACAAAGACUAAGAUCACU